UAUUAUUUUGGUGAGCGAGCGAGCGAGUGGAGUACUUUACUAAAUUAGCGUAUUAUUUUUGCACUCAUGUCCGUGAAUGCUGUUCGCUGAAUGCUAAGAAACAAAGGAAAAGAAUGCUGAAUGCUAAUUAUAAAGUAAAGGAAGCAAAGGGAAACCCUCGAAAUUUAGGGAUACCUUUAUCUUUAGACGAAGCCCACGUUUAAUCCUCCUACCUUCACGAACCUCCUACUCCAUCGAAGCUAAAGAGAGAGAUUACAAAGAUAAUUCAACAUGGUUGAGAAAUUAUGGGUGAUAAGAGAAAACACUUCCUGAAUACGGGGCCUCUCUGCAUUUCGUUUUUGUGGUAAAUUCGGAUAGUACAUUUGAUCAAGGGUUCUCUUUGUUUUAGCUUGGAAUGAAGAGUUCCUUUUAUAGGUUUUGAUUAUGGUGAAACCUUUGUUUGUGUUACGACAAGGGCUCGAAUUUUGCAAGGCAAUAAUAACAGUGCGUUGGACGGGAAAGUAGUGUUAUAAAUUUCUACCUUGGAUGAUGAGUCAAUUUGUUUCGAGAGGAAGGGAGCUUGAAGUUGAUCUUGAAAGUGGUGGGACAACCAACGAAGAAGAUAAAAUGAGCGAUCCCAUUUCAGCAAAUGGACAAACCAAGACAAUUUUAAAGAGGGCAUGUACUGGGCCCGUGGAUUUUCAUGGAUUGGCAUAUUCAUCAAACUUUAGUGAGCUUGCGGCUGGCAAUGUGGAGUUGUUGAUAGACAAUAAUUCAGAAGGACAAGAGGGAAAGCAGAACAUAACCUUUGUGGAUAGAAAAGUUGUUGUGGAGAAACGCAUAAAGAAUUUGAAAAAACCCCCCAAACCACCAAGACCUCCUAAAGGUCUGUCACUGGAUGCUGCUGACCAGAAGUUGAUGAAAGAAAUCACCGAGCUUGCCAUGCGAAAACGUGCCAGGAUUGAAAGACUUAAAGCACUGAAGAAGAUGAGAGCAGCAAAGACAUCAUCUUGGAGCAGCAGCUUGUCUGCCAUGGUCAUCACAAUCAUUUUCUGCCUCAUUAUAAUAUAUCAAGGAAUUAGCUCCAGAUACAGUGGAAGCUUGGCCUUAAAAGGGUCUCCUGAGCCAGCAGUGGGUACUGGUGAAGCUCUGAUUGCAGUUCAGUUGUACAAGAACAAUGUUGCAUAUGAGAGUGAUGAAUCAGGCUCCAGGUCUUCCAAUUUGGCAGGAAGGCAGGUUUCUGGUUCAGGUUCGCGGAAGAAGUAGAGUUAACUGAAUCUUUUCCCUCCUAGUGAACUGUUGAUAUCUGUCGCAUAGGCUUAUUGAAUGCCGUGUCCCCUUUUGUAAACUAGUGUUGACGCAGCGCUUGACUAUUCCGAAUGUUGUGUAUAUGGGAACACCUAGCUUGGACAGGUAUCUGUAAAAGGACAGCUUACAGCUUGUACAGUGUCUAAUUCAGAGGACUAAUUAAUAGAUUUUCAUUUCAGAA